GGUGCUUCAUUCUGCUGAAACUUCUCAACAUGGCGUCGCAGCGCAUCGACGGAGUGAAAACGAUGGAAAACACGAGUCCAGCUUCAUCCCAUUUAUGUUUUAGCAGCGAUAAAUAUUCUUUACUGGUCGUAAUCGGGGAACACACCGCUGCCGGGUCUGUGGAGUAUCUAGUUUCGGAGAUUGAGCGAGGUAUUCGCUCCUGGGAUGUGAACCUUUCCUCCUGUAAUUUGGACGAGCAGCUCAAACUCUUCGUCUCCAGACACUCGGCUUUCUUCUCUGAGGAGCUCAAAGGCCAGAGGACACUGCAGCACAAUGGAGAUGUUCUGGAGACGCAGGUGGUCGUAAACCCAUCCCACAGUUUGGUGUGCUUAGAGGUCCGACGGCUUAUUACCGACGUGUCUCGUCACAAGCUGCUGAUUCUGGCUGGACAGUGUGUGGAAGACUCUGGUGACCUUGUAUUACAAACUGGUUACUUUUCACUUAAUGACUUCAUCCAGAUAUUUGCUCAUGAAGAGAUUGGUGAGAUGUUGAGCUCAGCAGACCCUUCACACAAAGCAAGCCUCACGCUGAGUUGCCCAAUAUCUGGAGCAUGGAAGAGCUCUAUGUUGGAGAAGCACAAUUUGCAAGACUUUAUUGAAAUCAAAAUCAACCCCCCGUCAGUGUUGCCGGAGAUGGAAGGUUUGCAGGAGUUUACAGAGUAUCUUUCUGAGUCUCUCGAACCUCGGUUGGCUUUUGAGCUCCUUGAGCCUCCUAGCACAGUUGGCUUUUUAAAACUGUCCCGUCCUUGCUGCUACGUCUUUCCUGGUGGUAGAGGGGACUCUGCCUUCUUUGCUGUGAAUGGAUUUAAUGUCUUGGUCAACGGUGGGUCAAAUCCACGCUCUUGUUUUUGGAAACUGGUGAGACAUUUGGACAGAGUGGACUCCAUUUUGAUGACACACAUUGGUGCGGAUAACUUGCCAGGUAUGAACAGCUUCCUCUGGAGAAAAACAGCAGAGCAGGAAGAAGAGGAUUCAUCUGGCUCCCAGAGCAAUGAAGAUUGGCAAAGGAACUUAAUAUCUCCAGAAAUCGGGGUUGUGUUCCUUAAUGCUCCUGAAAGACUUAAGACACUUCACGGUGAUCCUAAGGUCUUGCGUGGCUGUGAUCAGGUUUCACUUACACUACAGCAUCUAGAAAAGUUAUCUAUCUCUCCAGAACCCCUCAGUCGUUCUAACAGUCCAAUCAUUGAACCAUUAGUCCUCUUUCAGAAGAUGGGCGUCGGCUGUUUGGAACUGUAUGUUCUUAAUCCAAUCAAAGGUAGUAAAGAACUCGAAACCUUUAUGCAGAAGUGGCCCGGUAGUACCUCUGGUCUGAAGGCUUCAGAGAUUCCUUUAACCUGCCUGAUUUCAAUAUGUGCACUGUUGGUUUGGCAUCCUGCUAGCUCUCAGGAAAAAAUUGUUCGUGCUCUCUUUCCUGGUUGCACACCACAGGCAAAGAUAUUUGAUGGGUUGGAGAGGUUGAAACAUCUAGACUUUCUCAAGCAUCCAGUGGUGAGUUUACAAGAUCUUGAAUCAGCUAAACCUGAUAAGCAACCAAAGCGUACAGAGAGCAAAGAGAGCCUUAAGUCUCUCACCAAAGACUCAAGACCUGGGAGUGCCUUGCUUGUCAAAGACAAGGUAAGUAAAGUUGACAUAAAGAAGCAAGACACUAAAGUGAAAGCCAAAUCUAUAAGUGAAACCAGCCAAAAAGAGGGUAAAGAAGGGGAAGAAAAGACAAAGCAAAAAGAUGACUUGAAACAGAGACUCUCUAAGCCUGAAAAGCAAUUGGUUAAAAAAGAGCCUGUUAAAGAGGAGAAAAAAGAAGUGAGAAAGAAAGAGGAACGACCCUCAACAAGUCUUUCUAAGAAAGAUGACAAUGUUGAGAAAAAGAAGGAACCGAUGAAAAAAGACUUCGGAACGAAACCUAAGAAAGAUUUGAAACUUGACAUAAAGAAGGAGAUUAAGAAGGAAGUUAAACAAGAAGAGAAAAAAACGACAACUAAGCCAGUUGUUAAGGACCCAAAGAAAGCAUCUGGAAGUGCUUCUUCUGAAGCAAGGAAAUCAACAGGCAAAAAUGGGUCAUUAAAGAAAGACUCAACUAUUAUUAAAAAGGACAGUUUAAAUAAAGGAAUAAAGUCUAAACUAGAGAAUAAUGAAGAGCCCAGUCUGAAACUAAAUUCUGAUCACAAGUUGUCCGAGGAAAUUGCUGCAGACUUUGAGAAAUUAACAUUGGAAAAUAGAGUAUUGGAUGAAGAAGGGAAUUGUUUAGAUUCUGCCGCUAAAUGCACUGAGCAAGCUGAGAAAGAUCAACAUCAGUUGAAUGGAGCACAAAGUGGAACAGACUUGUCUAAAACCCCGGAGAGAUUUCGUUGUACAGAGACACUAUCUGUCCCACAUACUACUCUAGGGUCUCCUUCACCAUUAGCAAAGACUCCAAAAAGUGAGAAGAGUGUCAAUUUUGAUCUCACACCAUUGGACCGUGGGUUAAUGGAUGUAGUCCUUGAAACGGUCUCUCCUGAAAACAGUGCAGGACGGGCAUCUUUCUGUCUUUCUCUUGAAAAUGAUCAUCUAGGCAGUGGCCAUGAAGAUAUUCAAGAGGCGGUUAGCUUAAAAAGUCAUGUGACUGCCAGUUCCACAUCUUUAAAGGAUAUACUCCCAGACGCAUCGUCCACAUUCACGUCCCUGCCUGCUGAGGAAGGCUCUCCGCACUCAACUGAAGUUGAUAAUUCUUUAUCAGUAUCGUUUGAGCAAGUCAUCCCCCCUGUUAGUCAUACAGAAGACAGUGAGUACACCAGUGGACACGAAUCAAAAGCACAUAUGUCAAUACCUUUAAGGACAUUGUGUAAUGGUGACCAGAACUUUAAUGGGUCUGAGAAGCAUCUCUCUGGCCCACAGGCUAUUUGCCCUGAUCUUCCACCUCAUGAUGUUGACCUUUGCUUGGUGUCUCCUUGUGAAUUUGAGCAUCACAAAUCUCCAGACAGCCAAACGGGGUUAUCUAGCCCAAAUGCUCACAACUACUCUCCUGAGUCUCAAGAGCUUGCUAAAUCACCUUCACAGUGUAACAACAGUGUUUGUUACUCUUCACAAGGUCAAGAGACAACGCCAACCUCUGUCAGCGACUCCCUUCCUACAGUCUCAGACUCUGAUGUCCCGCCCGCUACAGGAGAGUGUCCUUCAAUUACAGAAGACUUGGAUUCUGAGGAGGAGUUUGCUGACUUUUUUCCACCCCAUCACCCACAUGAUCAUCCCAGCAGUCACUCAUUUCACAUGGACACUGCACAUUCCUCUCCAGAUCCCCCACCAGCACCAAUGAAGGACUUGCCCCCCCUCCCACCUCAGCCUGGUGCCUGCAUGUUAGACCCUGAAGCUGAUUCCCAUGCCAAGCCUUUAAAGAAUGUAGUUCUGAAGGCUAAAAAAACAGCAACUUCUGGCACACAAAAGAUGGCAGCUGCAAAUCCUUCAGCACAAAGUAGCAGGACAAAAGCGGGUUCUCAGGCAACAGCCAGCAGUUCAGGUCGGUCUUCAUCAAGCUUGGAUACAAAGUCAGCAUCACGUAGUAUCAUGGGAAACGCGAGACCAAUGUCAGGAAGUGCAAAACCACAAUCAGGUCCAGUGGGUAACAAGUCAAAUGCUGCAUCAGUUUAUCUAGACUUUGCAUACCUGCCCUCUGGCUUUGCAGCGUCUACAGUUGACGUGGAAUUUUUCCGUCGCUUGCGCUCCUCCUGCUAUAUAAUAAGUGGGGAAGAAUCGUACAAGGACUCGGUCAUGAGACCCAUCCUUGAAUCUCUGUUGGAAGGAAAGGUGGCUUGGCCAGAAACACAGGUCACUCUGAUCCCCACAUUUGAUUCAUUGACGAUGCACGACUGGUACCAAGAGACACAUGAAAGACAAAAAGAGCUAGGGAUAACCAUGUUGGGAAGCAACAGUACUGUGGCCAUGCAGGAUGAAACAUUUCCUGCCUGUAAAGUGGAGUUUUAAAUAGGAAGUGGGGGGAAAAAACCUGCAAGGAAAUCACUCCUAUGUAAAACAUUUAGGCCAAUUCAGAUGUAACAUUGAUAGCAUUUUUUGUUUAAGGCUUAAUGGCAUAUAUGUAACAGCUCAGAUGUGCAUUCAUUAGCAUAUGUUAAAAAAAAAAGCAGAAUCUCCAUUAUUGAAGAUUUACAGAUCAUAUUGUUAGUAUGCUAUAGAUUUUGUUUGAACAAAAGGAAUAAGCAAAAGAUUUUUUUUUUUGUUGUUUUUGGGGGUUGUUUGUUUUCUUGUGAAAUAUUGAUUGUUUUUACAGUCUCAAGCUGUAUAUACUUUAUAGAUCAUGGUAAGAUCAUGUUUCUUAUUUGCCUCAUUACUACAGUCUGUUGUUUAGCAUGGUUGCACAGUUUGGAUUUUCAGCACAAACGGGGAAACACAAAACACCAGUGGACUUUGUGAUUGACAGGAGUAGAGUAGAUGACUAGGUCAUCAUGCUGGUCCCACAGGGUUUUUUUUUUUGGACAUUUGUUAUAAUCCAGUCCAUAUUUUCUUCAUGUUUCCUCUGUAAAGAUGAUAUCACAAUUGCAUGUUUGAACAGUUUGAUGUCAGUUUUUGUUUAAUUUUCACAUCUGUUGUUGAUAGUAAUUAUGCACAACACACAAGCACCAGUGUUUAGUAACUUAUUGUUUACUGCAAUUGUUUAUUUAUACUGCGUUCAACUAAAGCUUGUAACUUGGAAUUUGCAGCAUCAAACCAGGAAAAACCAAAGAAAACACCUAAUUACUUGGAAUUCCUAUUCGGAAGGUGUCAGCCUGCCUUAUAGCGUUAUUUCUACAGAAAUUAGCAUAAUACUUCUUUAAAAAAAUUGUAUACUACUAUAAACUUAUCAAAAGAGACAAUCAAAUCUGUAAGACAGACUAUACUGUUUGCUGUUUUGAGGAACUAAAUGCACAAUCAUAAAUGCAUAAUUAAUUUCUGUUAGCUGGGUAGAUUGUUGCUAACAAAAAACACGUACCCAUGGUUUUUUCCCCACUGUGUAGGUUGAACAAACCAAGUUUAAACAUUACGCAAUUCCGAGGUACGCAUUUCAAAGUUGAAUGCAGCAUAAGUGUAGUCUAGGACUAAGUUUAUGCAGUGACGGUACACUGUGAGCCAAUGCUUUGUAUAUUCUUUUUGUUGUUGUUGUUGUUUAUUUGUUUUGUAACUAUUCAGAAAUGUUGCAGUUUAAUGCAUGGUAAGGAGACACUAACUCAAAUAAUCUGUGAAAUACUGUUUCCUGGAUUAAAAAUUUCAUAUUUUACUUCAGGAUAUAGUAUAAUGAAGUUCCUUGGAGCUUUUUCAGCAUUUUAAAAGAUUUCUUUAUUACAAAAAUAAAACAUACAAAGUGACCGGUUUUACCCCAUUUAUAUUCAGCCACCUGAGAUGUGAUUUACUGUUGCAUUGGACAUUCAAAGCUAAUGGUGAAAGACAAAUUUCCAAUGCAGAUAAUGUUGCUGAUUUAUGGUAAAGACUCUGCUUGGUUAGUUAGUGGUCUAAGACUUGAUGAGAGUGAUGACAUUGAUGGUGGAGCAGAGUUUACAGAUAAAGAGUUAAGAGAACUAGAGAGACUAAAGUGCUGUUGCUAUUGCAUACAUUUUUCCAGGUAAAGAUAAUGAGAGGUCUAAUCAGCAGCUGAAAUACAGGGGGAAAAUACCAACAUUUCAUUGAGUGACGCUUAGACCCAAACAUAAUUUAUAUAAAAAAUAAAUCAUUUGUAUCAUCAAGAUUUAUUUGGUGUUAAUUAUAAAGAUUUAUUUUAAUGUCAUUCAGGGUAGACUGAUCUUUAAUUCAGUAAGAAUUAAACAUCAUCAAAUGCCAUGUAAUAGUUACAAUACUGAGAUUUUGUAGUGUUAAAAAUCUGGGAUUAAUUAUUUUUAAGUGUUUGUUUUUUUGUGAUGGCUAAUGUACUGUAGGACUAUAGAGUGCCAAUGUGGGUACAUUGAGCAGCCAACAUAGUGCACUUCUUUAGGAGACGUUUUCAAAUACGACAGCUUGUUUUUUUGUUUUUUUAAGUUUGUCUGAUGUUAAUUUACAAGCCGCUAAAUCAAGUCCACAAGCCUUAAACACUAUCACAUUUAAGUUGGCUGGACAAAUCAAAUGCUUCAAAUUCAUGAUUUGCAUAUUUGCAAACUGGGCCAUGUGUGAGUGAAAAUCCAUUUGCAUUAAAAGCAGUCUGCACUAUUUAAA